GCAGCCACGUUGAGUCGACAAAAUUCAAACUGGACGGCGGUUAUCUGGGGGACAGAGAAAAAAACGACAACAAAGGUUUAUUCUUGAGGAUUUAACCAAAUUUCAACGAAGAUGACGAGCACACUGAAAGGAAUCACUCUGAAAGGAAGCGCAGAGCUAGUGGCCGAGUUCUUCUGUAAGUUUUUUUUAUUAUUUUGUGUUUUUAGCAGCUGGUUUUAGCUCUAACCGCAGACAUGCAGGACUAAUGUGCUACAGGGCCUGACAAUAAAAGGAGGUAUUAUGGUAAAAACAGAAAGAGAUAAAAUAAAUAAAUAAACUUUCCAGCCUAAAGAUUUAACCCACCUCUCUUAAUUUUAAAACAAAUGUUACCGAUUUUUGGUGAAACUCCAACUUUGAAGCAGUUAACAUGUCCACGAUAGUACACUGCCCACUUAAGACUUACAUAUGGAGGAAAACACCGGGGCUACUUUUCUGUAAAGCUAAAUUUUCACCAUACAUUGACAUUUGGUACUAAAAUAUACAUGCCGAAUCAACUAAUAGACUAUAAAGUUUCAUUUUAGAUUUUAGUCACCGUCUCAGUUUUAACUUUUGCUUAGAAACAUGGCCGACUGUACAUUUCGAGGUUCUCCAACCCACGUAGUUUAAUGUAUUUUAAAACCAACCUGGAGAGCAGAUAUAGCUGAAUCUAUAACAUGUUUCAGAAAAGUUCAUCCUUUUAUCAGUGUGGCUGUAAUCAAUCAACUCUAUUUUUGAAUUUAAUUUUAUUUCAGGAAUUUAGAGCUUUAUAAUCUUUUACAGUGUUUUACAUCAGUGCAUAUAAUAAUUUGUAAUUGUAAAAAGUGCUUAUCAAAUGUUUUUUUUUUCUGCCUUCAUUACAGCAUUUGGCAUCAAUAGCAUCCUGUACCAGCGAGGAAUCUAUCCUCCAGAAACAUUCACCAGAGUCACUCACUAUGAUAUGAGCCUUCAGCUCACCACAGACCCCAAACUGAAGAACUACCUGACCAACGUGGUGUCUCAGCUCAAAGGUAAACCUACUGGGUUUUCACAGCUUGUUUGCUUUACUUUUGUGUUUUUCUUGGAAAUAGUCAACAAAGAAAUAUCAAUGGAUUAAUAAACCCCCAACAACCUCUACAAAGACCUCUUAACCUUGCGCUUAGACUCACACUAAAGCUGUAUAUGUAUCUCAGAGACAGGCUUCAUAGAGUCUGACUGUUACAAGCCUGAAGCCUGUAUUAUUUCAUGCUUUUAGCACAUACAUGCUACAUUUUAUCUCCCUCACUCUUCUUAUACAGUACAUCAUCAUGAUAAACCUGUUCUUAGUCUCAGCAGAUGCGUACGUCAAGAGGAAGAGAAAAUUCUUCAUACUUUACAUUUGUAGAUAUCUAAAAUCUGAUAUUAUCAUACCCUAAAAUUUAAAGCUGGAUUCAUCCCAGGUCUUUUCUGGCUUGGAUUUUGUGGUUUAUGCUUCAAAACAGGGAUCAUUGCUUAUUAAACCUCUAUAAAAUUGUGUGAUAAAGUAAGUGGUCUGUGUGUGAAAGAGGAUAAAAUCUCCCCAUAACAAAUGUAAAUGCCAAUCUGAGGUCUGAAUGUAGCUUUUAUUUUUUAUUAUUAUUAUUUUUAAUCAAACCAGCUCCAGACAAAAGCAGCAAAGACUUUCAGUGUUUUGACCCUCCAAAAUAAAAGCCUGUUUAUGUGACUGUGUUGUUGCAGAGUGGCUGUUUGAGUGCACUGUGCAGAAGCUGGUGUUGGUGAUCACGUGUCUGGAGACCAACGAGGUUCUGGAGAGAUGGCAGUUUGACAUUGAGUGUGACAAGUCAGCCAAGGAGAGCAGGUCAGAUACAUCGCUGUCUACAAAUCCUUUUUUUUCUCAUAGCAUCUUUAAACGAAGACCAUUCAAGAUGAUACUUAUUCUGCAUUUUUUAUUUAUAAUUCUAUCAUGUUUUGCUCCCCAGUGCUCCCAGAGAGAAGUCCAUAAAAACUAUUCAGGAAGAGAUCCGCUCUGUCAUCAGACAGAUCACCGCCACCGUCACCUUCCUGCCACUGCUGGAGACGCCAUGUAAGGAACCAAACAUCCACGCCUUACUCCACCCAUCAUCGUUUGAUUAUUAACCCUUUUGUCCCCUCUUCUCCAGGUGCUUUCGACCUCCUCGUCUACACAGACAAAGACCUGGAGGUUCCCGAAAAGUGGGAGGAGUCUGGGCCGCAGAUCAUUGACCAAUCGGAGGAGGUGCGUCUCCGCUCCUUCACUACCUCCAUCCACAAGGUGAACAGCAUGGUGGCGUACAAGAGGACCGACUCGGUGUAAACCUGCAGACCAUAUAAACUGUACAUAACACCGGCAACUUUUCCUCGUAGAAACCUUUCUGUAGAUUUGUCAUCAUCCUGUCCUACCUCACUGUCUGAGUCCUGUUUUUCUGUUGCUUUCUGCACCUUCGCCUGCUCUUCUUUCUACUCUGAUGUAAAUAUUUCUCAUAAACAUCUGUUAAAAAAAGACAAGAAAAUUUCUUCCAAAGUGUUUCCUUCACUCUCUGUUUUAGAAAGUACUGGUUUAUGUGUUAAACUUUUAUAAACUAUCUGUAAUAAAAGGCUUUCACAAAGA